AUGACGGCUCUGGACGAGGUGGUGGUCAUCGGCGGCGGGGUGAUCGGCCUGACUACGGCCCUCCAAUUGCUGCAAGACCCGAGGAUCCGGUGCAAGGUGGUGGUUCUUGCCAAGAGCUUCACGGCCACCUGCUCUCACUCUGCUGGCGCCUGGUGGAUUCCAGACCCCACGAGGCCGACCUCCCCCUUCGCCGACGGCUCGCGCUACGCGCGCUGGGCGCGGGAGACCUGGAGGAUGAUGGAAGGCACUCAGGGCCAUCAGCUGGUGGAAGGCAUCCGCUUUUGGGGCCCCCAAGUGCUCUCCGCCGACGCGGACCUGCCUUUGGAAGGGCCUAACUCUCUGGGAAGCUUCGUGCAGCAGUUCCAGAGGCUAGAGAUCAAGACAGACUCCAUCCCCGACUGGCAUGGCUGCCCCAUCAACCUGCCACAGGGUUUCCAAGGCGAAGUGGCGCGCUUUCAGACGCGGACCAUUAAGAUGGACGUGUAUUUGGCGGAUUUGCACCGCCAGCUCGAUAGCUCGGGCCGAUGUAAGUUUGCGGAGCUGGAGGUCAAAUCCUUGGAGGAGGUCAUAACCGCCUACCCGCACGCCCUGGCCGUGGUCAACUGUGCUGGGUUGGGCGCCGGGGCGCUGGCAGGUGACGAUUCCAUGUUCCCUGUGCGGGGGCAGACGCUGCUGGUGCGAGCGCCAAGACAGACGAACUUCUUUAGUCUGGUGAAAGGCGACAGUCGCCCCGUGUAUGUCAUCCCACAUGGCGACGGCUGUGCUAUAGUUGGUGGCUGCGCGUUCCGCGAGGCGGUUGGGGCUGCCGCCCUAGGGGGUUCGCAGCGGGCGCCUGCGGAGCAAGCUCAGGAGACGUCGGAGGUCGAUCAAGCCCUGGGGGCGGACAUCCUCCGCGCAGCCUGCGCCUGGCUUCCAGCCCUUCGGAAGGCGGAGCCGCUGCGCCAGGCGGUGGGCUGGCGGCCCUUCCGCGAGGCGGGCGCCCGCGUGGAGCGGGACCCGGGUCGUGCCAAGGUGAUCCACAACUACGGCCAUGGAGAUGUGGGCGUGAUCCUGUCCUGGGGCUCGGCCAAAGAUGUCGCCGACCUCGUCGUCCAGAUGAGCACCCAGAAGCACUAUGCGAGACUGCACGUGAGCCUCAAACCCUCCAUCUUGCGGGUGGAGGGCUUAGCGGCGUAUACGCUGGAGAAGCGACUGCUGAGAAGCAAGGUAGAGCUGGAUUGGGUGCAGCGCAAAGUGCGCCCCAUCCAGAAGGUCAUCAAGCAUCUGAUCAAGGACAAGGCCAUUGAUCCAGACGUGACCCGAUAUCUCGAAGACGUCGAGGAUCACCUCAACCUUUUCCUAGAGGAGGUAAGCCGCAUCAUUGGAGUGUGUAACUCCUUGCGGGAUGAGGUGAACUCUUACAGAGACCGGCAACAGCAGAAGGUUCUCUACGUCCUCACCUUGGUGACAACGUUGGUGAUGCCGACGCACCUACUGACGGGCAUCUUCGGCAUGAACUGGCAAGACGAGGCUGGGCAGCCAGUGGUACCGGGGUUCGGCGUGAUGGCGGAGAGCCGGGGCUACUACCAAUUCUGGGGUGCGUCCAUCACGCUCACGCUUCUGAUCUGGACGACCUUCCGACGGAUCCUAAAAUGGAUCUAG